AUGGCGUUGGGAGGUUUGUCCCUGAGCCGUUUGAAUGAGCACAACUAUCUGGCGUGGAGCGUCAAGAUGGAGCAAUAUCUCCGGAGGGAGGAUUUAUGGACAGUUGUCAGUAAUCCCCCUGCUCAGCCAGAUGAAGGUGAACAGAGAAGUAUAGAGAAAGCUCUAGCCAGCAUUAUUUUGUGUCUGGAAGAUAAUCAACUUGUACAUGUUCGUGGGUUGGUGUCAGCACAAGAAUGCUGGAGGAAUCUCCGAGAGAUUUAUGUGAGAGAUUCGGCCGUGAGCAAGGUCACGCUAACGCGGAAGCUGUACAGAGCUCAACUGCAGCCGAAUUCCAGUGUGUCUGAACAUCUCAACAUGAUGAGGCAAUUGUUUGCAGACCUGGAAGAGCGAGGCAUGAUUUUUACUGAAUGUCAUAAAGUCUACGUUGUUCUCAGUUCGCUAGAUGAUUCAUGGGAUAGCCUUGUCAUGAGUUUGGAGGCUAUGCGUGAAAGUGAGCUGACGUUACGAUUUCUGACCGGCCGGCUGUUAGAAGAAGAGCAAAAGAAGCUUGAGAAGCAAACUGCUAAGCCAAGAGAAACUCCCACCAAACAAGCAGCUUGUGAAGAUAAGGAGCGAGUGUUUGCAGUGAGGCGCUGUUUUCGUUGUGGUUCCACAGAGCAUCUGCGAAAGAAUUGCCCUAGCCAGACGGAGAAGCAAGCUUAUUCAGGCAAGAAAAAGAAAACUGCAAAACCGAAAGUCUCCGUGGUCAAGGCUGUUGAAAAUGACCCAAAAAGCACAUGGCUGAUGGACAGUGGUUCCAGUCAACAUAUUGUGAACAAUAAGGGGUUGUUUAAAAAAUUGCAUCCUACCAACCGGGACUAUGUUACGUUGGCAGAUGGCAAAGUGUCAGUUGUUGCUGGAGAAGGACCUGUAUUCAUUCCAAGUUUGGGUUCAAAGGCAUACAGGUUUUAUGCAGACAAUGGAGAGGUAAUUAUUUCCAGGUCUGCUGAAUUCCAAGAGCAAUGUAAUUGGGAACGUUUGCAUGGCAGUCAAGUGUUUUUGCCAGAGAGUAAAAAUUCUGAAAAAACACAACUAGCGGAAGAGCAAGCAGCUAGGUUAGAUAGCCAAACUUUUUUAAGUCCAAAGAAGGAGGAGGAGGAGGCAGCUACAAGUUCUUUUGUCCCCAGAAGGUCAGAAAGAAGUAACAAAGGCAUUCCACCUGAUCGUUUCACAGCAAGUGAAGUCAGGGUUUGCCAAGUGAACUAUGAGCCUGAAAGUUUUGAAAAUGUACUGAAGCUCUCAAAGCCAGAGAAAGAAAAAUGGUUUGAGGCCAUGGAUGAAGAAAUGAAGUCUAUGGCGAAGUACAAUGUUUUUACCCCUACAAUGCUACCUAAAGGUGAAAAAGCAGUAGGUUGUGGUAUUACUUUGUUUGCAGUGAUUACUUUAAUUAUGGACUCUUUCAAAAUCGGUCACUUCAUUGGAUUUUCAAGCUGCUUAUCAGUCACAGAAGGUAUUUUUCCCGUUACACAUGCUGUGCAUACACUUUUGCAGGUGUACUUCUUAUGGUGCCAUGCAAAAGAUAUUAUCCAGUCUUUCAAAACACUGGAGAGGUUUGGAGUGAUCCAUUCAGUAUUUACAAAUUUGCUUUUGUGGACAAAUGGUGUGUUAACAGAAUCAAAGCACCAACUUAAUGAACACAAGGAAAGGUUAAUCACUCUUGGGUUUGGAAAUAUAUCAAUAGAAUUAGAUGACCACGCACCACACUGUAACUGUACGACAGCAUCCCUCUGCUCCAUAUUUUCCCAAGGAAUCUAUUAUCUGUAUCCCUUCAACAUUGAGUAUCACAUUUUAACAUCCACAAUGCUCUAUGUGCUAUGGAAGAACAUUGGACGCAAAGUUGAACAUCUUCAUCAGCAAAAGACACCAUUCAAGUUUCAAGGCAAAACAAUGGGCACCAUUUUAGGACUCGUUGUGUUUACUACAACAAUAGCAAUUGUAGUUGUUUAUUUGAUCCAGAUUGGGCGUUCAAAAAUAAGGAGUGAAUUAGCACUUAUUAUGUUUUAUUUGUAUUCUAUCACAGUACUGACACUCAUGUGUGCAGCUGGGAUUGUUGCUCUUCUGAUUUACAGACUUGAACAAAAAUCAUUGGAUGUAUCCAAAAAUCCAGCUAGGAAACUUGAUGCAGACUUAUUGGUUGGAACUGCCUCAGGUUCCUGGCUCCUUUCUUGGGGUUCUAUUCUUGCUAUUAUCUGUGCUCAGUCCCACCCUGCAUACACAUGGUACAAUCUGCCCUUUUCAAUACUUGUUAUAAUUGAGAAAUAUAUUCAGAACCUCUUCAUAAUUGAAUCCAUACACCGUGAGCAUGAAAAAGUGAAUGAUGUCAUUAAGACACUUCGAAUACUAACUGUGUCCAAUGGAAGCAUCCUGUCCCCUGCCCCUUCCUACAAAGAAAUAUAUAAUGGAACAGAGGGCAUUGCCAAUGGAGAGUUACCACACAUGUUCAAUGGAAAUAGUUGUCUGCCUGAGAGCAGCGGAAGCGGUGCCCUGGAUGAGGCCAAAGGUCAAGCCACCACCCCAGUCACUCCCUCCACUUCUGAUUUCUCACUUAACAGAAAGUUGGUGGUCAACAGCAAAAGAAGCAUUCUGAAGAACAUUGCGGCGUUCCUGUUCUUGUGUAAUCUUUCACUUUGGAUUCCACCAGCUUUUGGCUGCCGCCCUGAGUAUGACAAUGGAUUAGAAGAAAUGGUUUUUGGAUUUGAGCCUUGGAUUAUUGUUGUUAACCUUGCCAUGCCUUUUUCCAUUUUCUACCGGAUGCACUCCGCAGCCUCCCUUUUUGAGGUCAGUUGCAAAACAUGAGCUGAGAAUAUGAAUACAGUAUCAGAUCUCUGCCCAAAGUAGAGCAUGCAAUUAUGUGAAGGCAUAGAAAAUGAAGACAAUACCGACUUCCACUGAGUGGAACACUUCGUACCUCAUCCAUCCCUCUCCUUCAGUAGUCUAGGCAAGCAUGAGUACAUUGAUUCUUGUUUUGUAUGGCUAACAAUGCAAACUACGCAUGUUUACUCAGAGGUAGGU